GGGAGGAUGUCCUAAAAUGCGUUCCGUAACAGCGAAACCAGUUUAGGAAAGAAGCUUCUGUCCGUGGAACGCUGAGUUACGCCAACGCGUCACUCUCACCAAGGCGGCUACGUGAUGCGUCACUGCGCUUACGUGUAGUCGUGACGCCGAUCUCGCGUGAUGAGACUUGCGGCGUUGGGAUUUUCUGUAAGACAGGAGGCUGGGACCCUGCAGUAAACAGCUUUGCGGGAGGUGCAGAUUAUGUAAGUGUCUGGAGGCACCUGAACAGUUGCAACACCAGGUUUUAGCAUUGACUCCCCGCCAUGUCAUUGAAGCCACGGGUAGUGGAUUUUGAUGAAACAUGGAGCAAACUUUUAACUACAAUCAAAGCUGUUGUCAUGCUGGAUUAUGUUGAAAGAGCAACGUGGAAUGACCGAUUCUCAGAUAUUUACGCACUGUGUGUUGCCUAUCCAGAGCCUCUUGGAGAAAGAUUGUACUCGGAAACAAAGAUAUUUCUGGAAAACCAUGUACAGCUUUUGCACACGAGAGUUCUGGAUUCAGCAGAGCAAGUACUGGUAAUGUAUUUCAGAUACUGGGAGGAAUAUAGCAGAGGAGCCGAUUACAUGGAUUGUUUAUAUAGGUAUCUUAACACACAGUACAUAAAAAAGAACAAGUUGACAGAAGCAGACCUACAGUAUGGCUAUGGUGGAGUGGAUAUGAAUGAACCUCUGAUGGAGAUAGGAGAAUUAGCGCUGGAUUUGUGGAGGAAAUUAAUGAUAGAGCCUCUCCAAGACACCCUCCUCAGAAUGCUUCUCAGAGAAAUUAAAAGGGAUCGAUGUGGGGAAGACCCUAAUCAGAAAGUAAUCCAUGGGGUUAUUAACUCCUUUGUUCAUGUUGAACAGUAUAAGAAAAAAUUUCCCUUAAAGUUUUAUCAAGAAAUAUUUGAGUCGCCUUUUCUGGCUGAAACAGGGGAGUAUUAUAAGCAAGAAGCUUCAAAUUUAUUACAAGAAUCAAACUGCUCACAAUAUAUGGAAAAGAUUUUAGGUAGAUUAAAAGAUGAAGAAAUAAGGUGUCGGAAGUAUUUACACCCCAGUUCAUAUACUAAAGUGAUUCAUGAAUGCCAGCAGAGAAUGGUGGCAGACCACUUGCAGUUUCUACACGCAGAAUGUCAUAAUAUCAUCAGACAAGAAAGGAGAAGCGAUAUGGCCAACAUGUACACUCUUCUUCGUGCUGUAGCCAAUGGUUUACCUCAUAUGAUUCAGGAACUCCAAAACCAUAUCCACGACGAAGGCCUUAGAGCUAUUAGUAAUCUUUCUCAGGAAAACAUGCCAACUCAAUUUGUGGAGUCAGUCUUAGAAGUUCACAGUAAAUUCGUUCUGCUGGUCAACUCUGUAUUGAAUGGUGAUCAGCAUUUUAUGAGUGCGCUAGACAAGGCUCUUACUUGUGUGGUGAACUACAGAGAACCAAAAUCACUCUGCAAAGCGCCAGAAUUGCUGGCCAAGUACUGUGACAACAUGCUGAAGAAAUCAGCCAAGGGAAUGACCGAGAAUGAAGUCGAAGACAAGCUGACUAGUUUUAUUACCGUCUUCAAGUACAUUGAUGAUAAAGAUGUUUUCCAGAAGUUUUAUGCGCGGAUGCUCGCAAAGAGAUUAAUCCAUGGCUUAUCCAUGUCGAUGGACUCGGAGGAAACUAUGAUUAACAAAUUGAAGCAAGCCUGCGGCUAUGAGUUUACCAGCAAGCUGCAUCGAAUGUACACCGAUAUGAGUGUCAGUGCGGAUCUCAACAACAAGUUUAACAACUUCAUCAAAAACCAGGACACUGUCAUAGAUCUGGGAAUCAGCUUUCAAAUAUAUGUAUUACAGGCUGGCGCGUGGCCUCUCACUCAGGCCCCGUCUUCCACGUUUGCCAUCCCUCAGGAACUGGAAAAGAGUGUACAAAUGUUCGAAUUAUUUUAUAACCAACAUUUCAGCGGCAGGAAGCUGACGUGGUUGCACUAUCUCUGCACAGGUGAGGUGAAAAUGAACUACUUGUGCAAACCCUAUGUUGCCAUGGUCACGACCUACCAAAUGGCCGUCCUACUUGCCUUCAACAACAGUGAAAUCAUCACUUACAAAGAGCUUCAAGACAGCACCCAAAUGAACGAGAAGGAGCUCACGAAGACCAUAAAGUCACUGCUGGAUGUGAAAAUGAUAAACCACGAUUCGGACAAGGAGGAUAUUGAAGGAGAGUCAACAUUCUCGUUAAAUAUGAAUUUCAGCAGUAAAAGAACAAAAUUUAAAAUCACUACACCGAUGCAAAAGGACACGCCGCAGGGGGCACAGCCCACGGGUGCUGAGGAAGCUAUGCUUUGGAGAGGGGAGAGGCGCUUCUCUCUGGAGGUGGAACAGACCAGAAGUGCCGUCGAUGAGGACCGGAAAAUGUACCUACAAGCUGCUAUAGUGCGUAUAAUGAAAGCACGCAAAAUUUUACGACAUAACGCCCUGAUACAGGAGGUCAUUAGCCAGUCCAGAGCGAGGUUUAACCCCAGCAUCAGCAUGAUAAAGAAGUGCAUUGAAGUUCUCAUAGACAAGCAGUACAUCGAGAGAAGCCAAUCGUCGUCAGACGAAUAUAGUUACGUCGCGUGAAGAGGCCGCUAUGAAGGGCGCGAAAGGAAGUCGCUGUUUGGUGUGUUCCUGUGGAAAUAAACAGACCUUUGCCUCCAUAUUCUGUCAUCUGGCAGUUUCUAUGUUACUGCUGUUUACGACAUCCCCAGUGCCACAUCAUGAGCGCCAGUGAAAAUGCCUAGAAAUAUAUUUCAGCUCAUGCCAUUCUGACAAAGCUACUAAAAGAACGAGUGAAGGAUUUUCAGGAAUGAGGACAUUUUUGGUUGGGUAAUGUCCGUCCCCUCCACCCACCCAUCACGUUUGCAGUUGAUGUGUUUCUUUUUUUAAUGUAUCUUAAACGACCUUAAGUAGGGAGGCACCAAACCCAUCAUUGCUGCUGAACACCAAAUCCUCCAUGAAAGUUUCAGCUGAAAACUGAACCAAAUCUGGACACUAUUUGGCAUAUUCAAAUCGGAGCAAAAUGUAUAAAAAAAAUUGCACCACCCGCAAAACAUUUGGAGGCACGAUUAUCAACUGUCAUAUUUCAAAUUCACGUGAGUUUUUAAAAACUCCAAUAAAUCUGAAAAUCGAAAUGCAUUAAAAAAAAUACUCGGAUGAAUGGAAUCAACCUGAAAACUCGAAUCGAAUUUCGAUUUGAGUUUUUCUCCGAAAAAACUCGAAUGUCAGGAAGGCUGCAAACUUGAUCCCUGGAUGUCUCCCAUUGACUUAAACAGCAAUUCGACAAGUUUAAGGUGGCGAAUAGUCGAAUUCUAGUUCUUAAAGGGCCAGAGUAUGAUAAAUCUGGAAAAUCUAAUUAGAUUUUUUUUUUAAAAAAACAAACUCGAAUUUAAUUUGAAUAACUCCCUAGUCGGUUUUGACAGUUUUGACCAUUAAAAUUUUGAAAUUUCAAAUUAUAAUUUUCAAUUUGACCCUAGAAAAAUCUGCCCCUUGGUCUUUAAAAUGUGUUUUGCAUUGUUUUUGAAUUAUUUGGAAUUAUUGCCCGUCCUAUUCUAGCUCUUUACAUCUUGCAGCUGAAAGUGUUAUGUUGUCAUUGGGGGGGGGUCACUGACCCCAUCAAACAAACAUCAUAUUGACUAUGAGACUUCAGUUUUUAUUGUUCUUUGCUUUAUUGCUUAUUUCACGUUUAGGCCCUGUACUGUUCAUCUUCUGUUUUGAUUUCAAGACUUGGAAUUACCCCCUAGUAACCAGAUUAAAAGCCUCGAGAGCUGCAAAACAGAAAUGAAAAUCAUUCAAAAACCACCAAAAUAAAAACCAGAUGCAAAUUCUUUUAGAAUUCUGGUACUUUUACACCAUUAAAAAAUAGUAUUAAAGAGCACAAACCCUUUAAGUGUUUGGAUUGGGUUCAGCCAUGCUCCCUGGAUUAUGUUUGAAUCGUCCAAAAAAAGAGAUUGGAUUAAUCCAAACCCCAAACCAGAUGAUGGGUUCGGUCCCCCCCCCAACCUAAAAUAAAAACGAAAUAUUGUAAUAUUACAGAUAACCUAUUAAUUGUAUGUACUUCCAAAUGUACAAAAUGACAAACAUGAUAUUGCUGCUUGUCAAAUAAAAACAAUAAAAGAA